UUGCUUGGAUGGAUUGUGUGAUCACUUAUUAUAAUGUUAGGACCUCUCCACCUAAUAGCUUAAGCUUUUGGAUUGGAUAAAAAAGUUUCUGAAUAUGUAGCAGAACAAUGUUCUUCCACAGUUUAUAGCUCCUCAAAACACAACUCAAGGUCUGCAAAGUUUUUGAUGGUGAAGAAACAUAUGGACUAUACUUUACGUAAUAGGCGCCUAAUCAUUUUUAGUUACAACUUACAACAGCAAAAGUCGAUAUUGUAGGCACACGGUUAGUACAGCCAAAGUUAGAAAGGAAAGGAGGAGGUUCAAGCUAUAAGUUAUUGUGCUUUCGAUGUUUAUUGAAGAUAGUUGUAGUGUUUUGCCUACAACAAACGACGGGAUAAAAGUUGUUGGAUAAUGUGCUGGGCUACAGCAUUGGUAGCAGGACUUGCUGUUGCUGCAGCGGCUUAUGCUGGUAGAUAUAGCAUCUUGGCUUGGCAAGCAUUCAAAGCAAGACCACCUGCACUGCGCAGAUUUUAUGAGGGGGGAUUCCAGUCUGCAAUGUCAAGAAGAGAAGCAGCUCUUAUUCUUGGAGUCAGGGAAAGUACUCCAAUGGAUAAGAUAAGGGAAGCACAUAGAAGGGUAAUGGUGGCAAACCAUCCAGACGCAGGCGGUAGCCACUACCUUGCUUCUAAAAUCAAUGAAGCAAAAGAACUGAUGCUUGGAAAGAAAAAGGGGAAUGGCUCAGUAUUCUGACAGUAAAAGCUGGUUUCCUCAAAAUUUACAAGGCUGAGUUGAUGUGAUUUUGCAAUAGUCUAGAUGGAUAUCACGUCAUCUCCCUUUUGCAAAUACUCCAAAUACUGGAACGAUAGGGUUUGUUGUUCAACUAAUUCUUCGAGACUCAAUAGUCGUGUUCUAUGUCAGAAAUUCUUAUUUUUUUGAGUAUAUUGGUUAACACGAGCUCGAAGAGUGGCAUGAUGCGGCCAUUUUUUGUGUGUGCGCCUUUUCUGCCAUUUUCGAUCUUGUUUAUGGAGGAUUAACUAGAUUGUUUUAAA